AUGGUGCCUUUCAAAGCUGCUCUGACGGAGCGCUUAGCCCUAAUCCAGCCCUCUAUGCAGAGACUCAUAGCAGAACACUUUCCACACCUGACUCCCAGCAUAAGAAGCUUGCCAGUUUUUCAAGCUGAUGUAUCUCACUGGCAGCUCUUCAGAGUGCUGUUCCUACUCCACCCUCCCUUGGUGAUAAGCGUGGAUUCCUGGUUCAUUCGUGUUCAGCUUGGCAGUAAUCUGAUUCGUGUCAGUGCCCACAGUGCUACCACAGUUGCACCUUCUAUAGGAAUUACAAGAUGAAUUAACUCAUCAAUGGCAGAACCAGUUAAAGAAGAGGCCAAAACUUCAAAUCCAACUCCUUCACUAACUUCUGUGGCACCAACAUUCACCCCAAAUAUAACUCAGGGACCCACUGUCAAUUCUUCAGACUCUGACAAUGGGACCACAAGAACAGCAAGCACGAACUCUAUAGGCACUACAAUUUCAGCAAAUGGAACGUGGCUUCCAGAUAACCAGUUCGCGGAUGCCAGAACAGAACCCUGGGAGGGAAAUUCCAGCACCGCAGCAACCACUCCAGAAACCUUCCCUCCUUCGGGUAAUUCUGACUCGAAGGAGAGAAGAGGUGAGCUGCUCACCUUGUAUCUGUUGUUCUUUUUACACAGUGUACAGUAUUCAUCUAUUUCCUCUGCUCAGUCUGUGUCUAUAAAAUGUCAACCCUUUGUGGCUUUAUAUGGAUUUUUGGAUUUUCAGCCCUUUAAUGUAAAGUCUCUGUGGCCUGAGAUGUUGUGUCUGUGGUUUAAGCUGGACCGCUGA